AUGCAGUGGGCGUUGUGGAGCGACACUGAAUGUUUGGGUGGCGGGCGAUUGCUCUUGGAGUCUCUUGGCACAAGGGAUGCGCUGCGCCAUGGCUGGAGAUCAGUGAUCGAGAUGGGGUUCCUGCUAUUUUGGGCAUCAAACCAGGGGCAUGCUGGGCUGGAGGGUGCGAGGCAGGAGUGGAGACCAGGCCGAAUUAUUGCAUCUCCCGCUUUCAGAGCAUCCAGGCGAUAUGAGGAAUGCGUGCAAGGGCGGGCAGGCACAUCCAGGGUGGGGUGGGGAGAGGAUCAGAGGACGUCCCAUGGCGAUGUAGGUGCCGCAGGCUGA